CAGAGAGUGGGGCAGAAUGGUUGGGAGUACUGUACGAAGUGACCGGAGGUGGCAGAUGUAUUUGCAGCCCGUCAAAUCCAUUCCUUCUUAAUUUCCAAAGCAAAUUAGUUUUUGGCUACCUCCCUCACGCUGGCUCUUAUCAUCUCUCUGACCCUUUCCUUUCCUCUCACACCCUAUUGGUUAUUUCUAUCCCCACUAGAUUUACAGUACUUUCUUCUUUUCUACAAACUUAUAUACCGAUAAAGUUAUUUAACUCUGUAUUUAAUGCUUUGAGGUCGUUCUUUUGCUCUCGCUGGAAAGAGUCCUCGUGGACUUCGAGGUGUUUUUUUAUUUGGGGUUAUGCUGAUUCUGGGUUUAUGGUAGGGUUUAAGCAAAAGUUAAGUGGGAGAGGGAGGCGAUAAAAAGGGCAGCCCAAAAUUUUAAAAGAAAAAACAAAAGAAAAAGCAAAAGGCGUGGUCUUUCUCAUAUACACAGAUCCCUAUGGGAAUGAAGUGGGUGCGUUGCUUGCUGGGAAUUCAUUCUUUUUGCUCAGUUUAAAGAGACUGGAUUUGUUGGCUUCGGGGGGAAGAGAUCGACACGCAGAUUUUUUGUGAUGAGAAGUGCACAGAAGAUACAACCAAGAGAGUGUGUGUAUGGUUCGUUGAGAAAUUUGCUGUAGCCAACAAAAGCCAAAACCCCGGUCGUUCUCUCAUAUAUGCAGGAGGCAAAGAGGUUUUCGUUAUGAUUAGUUUAUUUGGUGCCCAAUGAUUGACUUGCCUUGCUGCGAGAGACACUGCUAAAAAAGUUCGAACCUUGAGAAUAAGAAAGAAAAGGGAAAAGACACGGGGUAGGAGGGAGAGAGAGGGAGAGAGAGAGAGAGAGACCGAGUGAGGCGUGAAGAAGAUGAAGUCCAUCAAUGACAGCAGGAGCAACGAUGGGAGUGGGAAUAAUAAUAGUAAUGGUCAAAACUGGUUGGGGUUUUCUCUGUCACCCCACAUGAAAAUGGAGGUUACUUCUGGCCCACCCCUUCAUCAUCACGAUUAUCAUCAGUAUCAUCAUCAACCUCAAGCUUCUACUGCUGCUGUUUCUAGCUCUGUUCCGACAACCUUCUGUCUGUCACCUUCUCAGCUCAGCAGUUACGGGAUAUGUUAUGGUGCGGCGGAGAACCCAGGCUAUCAUUCUCCAUUGACCGCCAUGCCUCUCAAGUCCGAUGGCUCGCUUUGUAUAAUGGAAGCCCUGUCUCGAUCACCAACUCAAGUGAUGAUGCCGAAUUCGUCUCCGAAACUGGAGGACUUUCUAGGUGGUGCAACUAUGGGGACUCAUGAUGCAAUGGCUCUGAGCCUCGACAGCAUCUACUAUGGCAACCAGGCUGCACAGGCUCAAUCCCAUAGAGACCAUUCUCUUGAUUUUCUUUCGGAGCCUUUCAGACAGCAAGACCCCAUAUCUGUCCAGUCACAUCCUUAUUAUUCUGGAGCUGCUUGCCAUGCUGUUUAUCCAUCACCAUUGGAGCAACAAAGCAAGGACCCCCAAUUGCAACCAAUGUCCGAGGAAGGCAUGACUUGCCUGAAAAACUGGGUGGCUUCCGGCAGGGACUAUUCUGCUCAACAAGGUUUGGAGGAGAAGAAAAAUGGAACCUUAGAAAAUGACAGUGGAGCUUCUGGGUCCGUUGGUAAAGUUGGGUGUGGAGAUUUACAGUCCCUUAGUUUAUCCGUGAGCCCUGGCUCACAAUCUAGCUGUGUAAAUGCUCCACAGCGGAUUUCCCCCUCUUCGACUGACGUGGUGGCAAUGGAAGCCAAGAAGAGAGGGCCAGGGAAGUUGGGCCAGAAACAGCCGGUGCACAGGAAAUCGAUCGACACUUUUGGCCAAAGAACGUCUCAGUACCGAGGCGUCACAAGGCACAGAUGGACCGGUAGAUAUGAAGCGCAUUUAUGGGAUAACAGUUGUAAGAAGGAAGGGCAGACCAGGAAAGGAAGACAAGUUUAUUUGGGGGGCUAUGAUAUGGAAGAGAAAGCUGCAAGAGCCUAUGAUCUUGCUGCCCUCAAGUACUGGGGAGCCUCAACCCAUAUUAACUUUCCGUUGGAAAAUUACCAGGUUGAACUUGAAGAAAUGAAGAACAUGAGCAGGCAAGAAUACGUUGCCCACUUGAGAAGAAAAAGCAGUGGUUUUUCCAGAGGGGCUUCAAUGUAUAGAGGAGUGACGAGGCACCAUCAACAUGGAAGAUGGCAAGCAAGGAUAGGUAGAGUUGCAGGAAACAAGGACCUCUAUCUGGGAACAUUCAGCACUCAGGAGGAAGCAGCUGAAGCGUAUGACAUAGCUGCAAUCAAGUUUCGAGGCGUGAAUGCAGUUACUAACUUCGACAUAUCAAGAUACGAUGUGGAAAGGAUCAUGGCGAGCAACACCCUUCUCGCUGGUGAGCUGGCUCGACGAAACAAAGAUAGCGAGCCAAGAAUAGAAGCCAUGGAGUACAAUGUAGCCUCGAACCAGAGCAAUGGGGUAGCGGUUCAAGCUCAAAGGAACGACAACGGCAACGGCUCGGAGUGGAAAAUGUAUCAUCCAAACAGCUGUGAGCAGAAAACCGUGAACUGCGGAAAUUACAGGAAUUCAGCCAUAUCUGUGGCCCUACAGGAUCUCAUUGGGAUUGACUCAGAAAGCUCGGGUCAGGCCAUGCUGGAGGACACUACCAAGAUAGGCACUCAUUUUUCAAACCCAACCUCGCUGGUCACGAGUCUGAGCAGCUCAAGAGAGGGAAGCCCGGAUAAAACUGGUCCCACCAUUCUGUUUCCAAAGCCUCCUCCAAUGGCUUCAAAGAUUGUUGGCCCCAUAGGUAGUGGAGUUAGCUCGUGGUUCCCUUCAGCAGCUUCUCAAACGUUGAGGCCAGCUCCUGCUCUUUCGAUGUCUCACUUGCCAGUUUUUGCAGCUUGGAACGAUGGUUGAAUUCUGCAUGAUAAUAAUGAUGAUGAUGCAAGAAAGAAAAAACAUUGAUGGCGGAAAAAGGUGAAUGAAUGUUUGUUCUCAAAGUCGUUAGUGGAGGAAUUUGGGGGAUUAACGACAGAUGGGUAGGGACCAUUUAUCUGUCAUCUGUCUGUAACCAAAGUGUAAAAGCCUUUUUUU